CCUUUUCCCCCUGAAUAUGUUCAAUGCGGCACUAAAUAUCAUCACCUACCUCCCCUGCAUAACUACGCAUGCGAAAUAUAUAACUCACAGAUAUUAGAUGGUAUUGCCUAGUACUGCUUACUAACCUAUAAGUGAGGUAUGUUUCUCGUCAAUUUGGUAAUAUGCCUCUUGGCGCAAGCUCUUGCGCGGGUUAUUGUCAACAAGUGCCAGCAUGAGCAACUUUCCAUCCCGCGCCCCCAUUCUCCUCGAUUUAAUAUCCUACAGGGCUGUGCCUCACUAAAUAAGCCAUGGCGUAUUAUUCCCUUGGCGCUGUGGUCAAGAAAUGACCGAGAUCGCGAUCUGUCAUUUCACUAUAAAAUCCCAGGUCCGAUGUAUCCUGCUGUGCGACCACACAUACAUAAUAUUGGCAAUAUAAAAGUCAUUGAGGCGUCCUCCAACACGGCAGACAAUCUUCUGACCCCCUCAACCUCGGAGUUUCGCCAACUCCGCAGAGUUCGGCCGAGAGAACGCCUCCCAACCCCCAAGCAAGACAUUCAAACCCUCAAUUUCAUCCGCUUUCCGCGCUUCUUUCGUGGGGGUUAGCUUAGGCCUAAAAUCGCUUUACUUGGCCGCCGUAGAUGGUUCCCGUUAGGAUGGCCUCAAGUCUCAUGUACGCACGAGUUCCGGGACGUAAGCCGGCGGCCGGGGAAGAAGGGGUUAUAGAAAGGCAGAAUUAUUUAG